CAAAGAGAUAUCGUGAUGCAUGUUUCGAUGUACUCCUAUGAACAAAAGCUGACAGUUUUAUAUCUAUCCCCUUUCUCCCGCUCCCUUCCCCCUACUCAAACUCCCCACCAAAGCACAACAAACAAACACCAUGCAUCCACCAACCCUCCUCCUCCCAACCCUGCUUCUCCUCUUAUCCCACCCCUCCCUAGCCCAACAUCCAACCUCAACCCCUAUUCCCCCCUUCACUUUCGAAACCCCUCCAGCAGCACAAACCCUCGAAGACUCACCGACAGCAAAAAACGCCCUCUCUUAUUGCACAACAACAGAGACACUCACCGAGAUCCUAGUUUGGGAAUUCUCGACCGUCACGGUUUUAAGCUCGCAGGUUUCGUCUAGUAGUAGGUCGAUGACGAGUACGACGACGACGAGAGCGGAGGGGGGAACUUUGGGGUUGGGAAGUGGAAGUGGUGCUGUGAGGAAUGCUGGGUUUGGAUGGGGGUUGCUUUUGGGAGCGUGGGGUGCUUGGGGGGUGGUGUGAUGGUA